CAAAGAAAGAAGCCUUUUUUGGAACAACUUGAGAGUAUAAGUAAUCGAUAACAGAAUUUUCCAAUGGUAAUGUUUAUUUGCCGUUCAAAGAGGUAUAAAAAAUAAAAAAAACAGUGACGCCAAACUAUUACAUCUGAUAAUCAAUCGUGACGCAAAUUACGAAACGCGUUUAAACUUCGACAGUUGAAGGCAAACGAGCUGUCAAAUGAAUCGCAAAAGAAAAUACUUUUCUUACAUUUGAGCAUUUUAUUACAGUAAAAACAAAAAAAGAAUCUUUUUUGUUUUUAAUCCACCACAAAAUUACUGAGGCCCUAGAUCUGGUGGAUGUAACCGUGGGAACAGUAGCGAACACUUUUGGUUCAUUUGGGACCGUUUUUUAUUUUAUUUUAUUUUUUUUGCUGAAACUUUGACGUAACUAAAUGUUGUACUUAUUUAUCACUUAAUUGAAAACAUUACAAAUAAUUUUUAGUGUUUUGUUUAAAACGUCGUAAAGUUACCGUUAGAGGUUUUAGAGCGAUUCGAGCGUCAACAAAAAGUUCCCCACGGCAAUUUCCUGUAAAUCUUCUCAAAAGUCAUUGGAUAAUUCGACGAUUGGUAAAGUAUGUUCAUGGGAGGCGGAUCCACUGCAUAGAUUGAGUCCAUCGUAUGCUCCAGCCCACCGAACCAGAAUAUCCCAUCAUUUCACUGUUCAUUCUCCUCUCUCCACAUCCUCUCCGAACCAAAGAGGCUUCUAAUGUCCUGGAAAAACAAGAAAACAGUCUUGCAUCUGAGUCUUGGGUGGUUGUGGACAUGUCUUUUAUACUGAAGUAUAACGCGAUCCAGCUGUUUUGCAGAGAGCGCUGCUGAGAAAUCAGGCAUCAGCAUCAUCCAGGAUGUCUCUGAUGUUUGGGAAAGCAAGAACUUGCAACAUUGUCACUGUUCCUGAGCAUGAGCCUUCGGAGUGUAACAUAGUGAUUUUGGGAGCUAAUGGAUCGGGAAAGUCAGAUUUACAGGAAGUUUGUCUGUCCCCUGCAGCACUUACAGUGAAAUUCCUCACGAAGCGCUUCAUCAGUGAAUAUGACCCAAACCUUGAAGAUACCUACUCUUCAGAAGAAGUUGUGGACCAGCAGCCAGUUCUGGUUAAAGUGAUGGACACGGCUGAUCAGGAUGGACCAGUCAACUGUGAGCGUUAUUUAGGCUGGGCCAAUGCCUUCAUCAUUGUCUACAGCAUUGACAACCGGACCAGCUUUGAGGCCUGCCAGCAGUACUUGGAGGCUGUGACUCUGUACUCAAAAGGCCUGCAGCCAGAAGGUCCUGUCAUUCUUUUAGGAAACAAGGUGGACAUGGAGAGAUACAGACAGGUGAGCAAGGCGGAUGGUGCCGCUCUGGCCUUGCGGUUCGGUUGCCUGUUCUUUGAAGUUUCUGCCUGCUUGGACUUCCUCUCCGUUCAGCAGAUCUUUCAUGAAGCUGUUCGAGAAGUGCGACGAGAGACGGAGAGGAGUAUCCGUCCGCUCUUCAUCAGCGAAGACAAGUCUGCGAUCAGCCUGUCCUCCGCCCCUCCGCUCACCACCUGCUAUAAAGAGCUGCCCACCCCAGCCACUGCUAAGCUGGUUACGGUCAAGUCCUCGAGAGCUCAGAGCAAACGGAGAGCCCCCACGCUUACACUGCUCAAGGGCUUCAAGAUCUUCUGAUGCUUUGCCUAGAGUAUCUACAAGGAGGAAUGCUUGUUUUGAUUUCGUAUCAGCUCAUUUAGCAUGAAAACAAACAGGACCUGAAGGAUUACAACAUUUCUCAUGAACUUGAGAUAGCGGUAACUUUAUGAAAAGUACAGUAUAUGAACAGUAUAUCAGAGUGCUAAUGAAUGUCUUGGUUAGCAUUGCUGAUUAUAUUGUUAUAAUUGUUGAUUUCUUUUUGUUUUGUUUGUUUCACCAAUUUUUGCACUUGUAUUCUAUUGUGAUAAAACCAAUUUCCACUUGAUAUAUUAAUUUUACAGAAAUCAUUUGGUCGUUCAUUUUUAUACACAUCAAACAAAAAACCUAAUUAUGCACAGUAUACCAAAGAAAGUUUCAGGACAAAAUAAGCGCCUUAAUUUUUAU